GUUGGUGAUGUCAGACUAGUUUGGGUCAUUUGAAGGUUAGCAGCCUGGGAAGGGUUCAUGGAGAGUUCACUCGCAUAUAUUAGGCAAUCCAAUCUUUCAUUUUGUGUGACACAAGUAGUAGGAAGUGAGCUGUUCAAAAGCAGAAGGAUCUAUUCGCUCCAGAAGGGGGGAAACCGAGUGCUAGACGAAAUAAAUGUAGUUAUUUUUACAAGCUUUGAGCUCACUCGAGCCCGGAGAGCGGGGACGACCGAGGGACUGCUGCAGAAAGCCACGAGCACCGUCAGGAAUUUCCAUACAUUUAGCCUGGAGCCGACAGCUUGGAUUUCUUCGUCCCCCCCUCCUGUUUUGCUGGAAUGACUGGGAAGCUAGCAAAAUAGUAAAUGAUCAUUUGGAUCAAUUACAGGCUUUUAGCUGUGUUGUCUGUCAUAAUUCAUGAUUCUGGUCUGGGAAAAAGACCAAGAGCCUACGUGCCAAAAAAAGGGGGCAGAGUUUGAUGGAGUUGGGUGUACUUUUAGAUGCCAUUUUACCCUGCACCUAAAAGGAAAAAAAGCACUUUUUUUUGCAGGCGUUCUGUAUAGGGGGGAAUCAUGUUUGACUGUAUGGAUGUACUCGCAGUAAGUCCAGGGCAAAUGCUGGAUUUCUACACUGCAAGCCCUUCUUCUUGCAUGCUCCAGGAAAAAGCCCUUAAAGCAUGCUUCAGCGGACUGGCACAAACCAAUUGGCAACACCGGCACAGCGCUCAAUCCAUCGAAACACAGAGCACCAGUUCAGAGGAGCUGGUUCCCAGUCCUCCGUCCCCUCCCCCUCCUCCGCGUGUUUACAAGCCCUGUUUUGUGUGUCAGGACAAGUCAUCUGGAUAUCACUAUGGAGUCAGUGCAUGUGAGGGGUGCAAGGGCUUCUUCCGUCGAAGUAUUCAGAAGAACAUGAUUUACACUUGUCACAGAGAAAAGAACUGUGUUAUCAAUAAAGUUACUAGGAACCGCUGCCAGUACUGCAGACUACAGAGGUGCUUUGAAGUGGGAAUGUCCAAAGAAUCUGUCAGAAAUGACAGGAACAAGAAGAAGAAAGAGCCUUCAAAACAAGAGUGCACAGAAAACUGUGAGAUGACAGCAGAACUCGAUGACCUGACAGAGAAAAUUCGUAAGGCCCAUCAAGAAACCUUCCCUUCUCUGUGUCAGCUGGGAAAAUACACUACGAACUCCAGCGCUGAUCACCGCGUCCGACUCGACCUUGGUUUAUGGGACAAAUUCAGUGAACUUGCUACAAAGUGCAUUAUUAAAAUAGUGGAAUUUGCAAAGCGGUUACCUGGAUUCACCAGCCUGACCAUUGCAGAUCAGAUCACUCUUCUAAAAGCAGCUUGUCUGGAUAUUCUGAUUCUUCGAAUUUGCACAAGAUACACCCCGGAGCAGGACACCAUGACGUUUUCGGAUGGCCUUACUCUCAACAGAACUCAGAUGCACAACGCUGGAUUUGGGCCCCUCACUGACCUCGUGUUCACGUUUGCCAAUCAGCUCCUGCCCUUGGAAAUGGAUGACACGGAAACGGGCCUACUCAGUGCCAUCUGCUUAAUCUGUGAAGAUCGUCAGGACCUUGAAGAACCAGCUAAAGUAGACAAACUACAAGAACCACUUCUGGAAGCUCUGAAAAUUUACAUCAGGAAGAGGAGACCCAACAAACCCCAUAUGUUUCCAAAGAUUCUGAUGAAGAUCACAGAUCUCCGCAGCAUUAGUGCAAAAGGAGCAGAACGUGUUAUCACAUUGAAGCUGGAAAUACCUGGAUCGAUGCCACCUCUUAUUCAGGAAAUGCUGGAGAACUCGGAAGGGCACGAGGCAUCAUCAAGUCCCGACGAGAAAGCACCAGAGCACAGUCCAAACAUCUCAGCCAGCCCAGAGCAAGAACGAGUGAGCAACUGCGCUCAGGUGCAAUAAGACAUUCCCCCCACAUCCGACAUUCCCAAAACAAUAUGCACACACCGAUGUAAAGCAAGGAGCAUAUUUCGUCUGCUGCUGUCUUUGCCGAAUUAAGGACAAGACCUCAAAAAAAGACCGUUGGCUCUCGUUUAAAUAAAGCUAUAUAAUUAUGCUGUUUACAUUCUUAAACUUCACUGGACAUUUCAUAAAGGAUGUUUUAACAAACAAAACACUAAAAGCAGCCAUUUUACAGAACAAGAAAUAGCCUAUUUUCUCUUUCGAUGAUCGGAUUGCAAGAUCUUUGAAGUGGACUUUGUACAUAUAUAUUUACUGUUCUCUCUGCUGGAUGUUUGGUGCUUUCCUGCUGUCUUGUAUACAUAAAAUGAUCAAGACAAUAAGGUGAAAAGAAAAAAAAAAUGGACUUUUGUAUAUAAAAGUUUAGUCAUAAAAUCUGUAUACACAUCC